AUGUCUCAUACCGAGGCUGCUCGUACAGACUCCUUAGGUGAACAGGAAACUCGGGGUGAUGUAGAGACCGAUAAAAAGGCCAAAAACAGACGACCUGCAAAUACUGCUUUUCGGCAACAGCGCCUGAAAGCCUGGCAGCCUAUCUUGACACCAAGGAGUGUGUUGCCUUUGUUUUUUGUCGUUGGUGUUAUUUUUGCACCCAUUGGUGGCCUUCUCUUGUGGGCAAGCUCAGAGGUACAAGAAAUUGUGAUAGAUUACUCUGAGUGUGCUGAUAAAGCACAACGGACCCCUGUCCCAAUCCCAGACAAAGUCCAAUCGUCUUUCAAAUCUUCCAAUCAGCAGCCCAAUCCGACUUGGAUGAAAUACAAAGAUGAAGAGACGAACGAGACCAUUUGUCGCUUGAGUUUCAAGAUCCCAGAGAGCAUCGAACCUCCUGUGUUUAUGUAUUAUCGCCUGACAAACUUCUACCAAAACCAUCGGCGAUACGUGAAAUCGCUAGAUAUAGAUCAGCUUAAAGGAAAGGCAGUCGACAAUAAAACUAUUGAUGGCGGUUCAUGUGACCCCCUCAAGCUUGAUGACAGCGGCAAAGCGUACUAUCCAUGUGGACUUAUCGCUAACUCCAUGUUCAACGAUACAAUCAAAAGCCCCGAGCUUUUGAACGACGGAAAUGACGAUGAUCCUGUAGUAUACGUCAUGACUAACAAGGGCAUCGCAUGGGAUAGCGAUAAGGAACUUAUUAAGACCACGCAGUACAAACCAGGACAGGUUGUCCCCCCCCCGAACUGGCAGGCCCGCUAUCCGCAUAAUUACACCACAGAGAUUCCUGAUCUUCACGAUAAUGAGGAAUUCAUGGUUUGGAUGAGAACAGCUGCAUUGCCUAACUUCAGCAAACUGUCUCGAAGGAAUGACACUACGGCAAUGUCACCAGGCACUUACCAAUUGGACAUCGCAGACCACUUUCCCGUUACAGAGUAUGGGGGAACAAAGUCAAUACUCAUAUCUUCCCGGACUGUGAUUGGUGGGCAGAACCCUUUCAUGGGUAUUGCAUAUGUCGUUGUUGGUGGUCUAUGCGUCCUUCUUGGGGCGCUUUUCACUAUUGCUCAUCUAGUGCGGCCCAGGAAGCUUGGAGAUCACACUUACUUGACCUGGAAUAACGAGCAGGAAAGUAGCGCCAUAGCAACCGGAAGAGAUAAUAGGUUUGGGCCGAAUACCCAUUAA